GUGCAGUCGUUACCUUGGUAUUGAUACGUCGUUGGAUGUGACAUGUCACGUUGACAAUGGAUAGGAAUUUUUGGUGGAUUGGUGGGAUAACUGCAGCUGUUGUUGGUGGGGCUUAUGCCCUAUGGACUUCAUCUUCAGGCAAAUCCAACAAGAAAAAAGAUCGCUGCCCAGGACUGGUAAAUCUUGGCAAUACCUGCUUUUUAAACUCCGUUUUACAAGGACUGUCUUCUUGUUCUCACGUAAGGAACUGGCUUUCUGAUUUUGUGAGCUCUGGACAUGAGAAGACCACAUCACUGGCCAGAACACUGAAUGAUACAGUCAGAGUGUUGAAUAAUGAGAACGAGAUCUAUGAUAACUCCCACUGCCCAGUAGAGGUGAUCAGUGCUCUAGCAGCCAGAAGAUGGUACAUAUCACCAGAGGAACAGGAUGCACAUGAAAUGUUCCACGUGUUGACACAGACAAUUGAUGAAGAGACAACCAAGUAUCCAGGAGUUAUCUCCCUCUUUGAGAAUCCUGAGACUGAGUUCCAGAAGAAUGAGGGUGCUAUGUCCAGAAUCCACUGCCCCCUGCCUGUAUUACCUCAUCGUGAGAUGGAGCACCCAUUCCGUGGUCUACUGGCCAGUCAGUUACAGUGUGUCGAGUGUGGCUACAGAAACCCGGUCAGAUAUGACCACUUUGACAGCCUCUCACUGUCCAUCCCACAGAGUAUCUGGAGUGAUCGCUCACUGAAUUCUCUCCUCCAUCACUACAUCAGUGCUGAUACAGUAAACAAUGUGGAGUGUAUAGGGUGCAGCAAAAUAAAAAACAGACCUGCGGGCUGUAAGGCACCACUGAAGCGAUCUACAUUUAAGAAAAAACUUACCAUUGGAAAGCUCCCACAAUGUCUGGCAAUCCAUAUCCAGAGGUGCCAGUGGAUGGACAAUGGGAUGCCCGUGAAGAGACAUGAACUCAUAUCCUACCCUGACAUUCUAGACAUGAGUGAAUUUGUCUACCAUAAGUCAGCAGCCAAGGAGGCCAGAGAAAUGGGGGACCUGAGCGGGGGUGGAGAAUUAUUCCACUUUGGGAUGAAAAAUGAAGAGAACACUUUUAAACUGGGAACAGCACCUCCGGUAAACCUCUUGAGGACACUAAAUUAUGACAAUCGAACCACUCAGAAUGGACUGUUUCUCAAGCCACAAUCGGACACACAAAACAGCCAUUCUGAUGUCAAUCACAAUGGACCCACAGAUUUAGGCAAGUCUACAAAAGCCUCUCUCACGUACAGAUUGAGUGCCGUUAUUGUCCACCUGGGAAGUGUCGCAUCAGGACAUUUUGUGACCUAUCGCCGCAGUCCUAACACAGUGAAGGGCACAUAUAGAAAAGAGAGGUGGCUGUGUUGUUCUGACACCAGUGUUCUGCCUAUGAAUAUAGCGGAUGUUUUCUCAGCGCAGGCCUACAUGUUGAUGUAUGAGAGGAUAUGAGUACAGUACCCUGAGUACCUUUCUUGCCAAUGUGUUAAUUUUAUUUCUAACACUGCCUAACUUGUUUAAAUUAUGCUGCAUUUUUGUAGUUCUGCUGCAUAAUUUGGUAUCAUUUUACCUGCUUUUACACAUACAAUACAGAUUGUGAUAAAUAGGCAGGAUGUCAUUGAAUGGCAGGUUGAUAACUGUUAGUGUGGAUGAUAUGAUAUUGUUUAAAACAAUUAUUUUCUCGGUGCUUUCCCAAUUAUUGUCUCAAAUAUUUAUCUAACAUGUUCCUAUGUGUGUCUCUGUGCUUAACGAUGUUCCGGAGAUACCUCUGUGUAACUGAUCGUGAUGUUGAUAUGCCAGAGAUGUUUUUAUGCAGCGAAGUGUGAUGGCCUUACAGUAGAGUGCUUAUACACAUUGUAUGGUUGGGUUUCACAUGUGAUAGUGAAGUAAAAAGGCACUUGGAGGUAGAGGAUUAUAUGAAGAGUAAAUGUUUAGAAGAAAGAUUGAGUGUGGAAUCUUCUUUUGAGAUUAUUGGAGGUAGCUGGUAGUCAGUACAGGAGUGUCUGGUUAUACACUUUGUAAGGUUGGGUGUCACAUACGAUAGUGAAGUAAAAAGGUACUAGGAGGUACAAGACUAUAAGAGGAGUAAGAGUUUAGGAGAAAAGAUUGUGGAAUCUUCUUUUGAGAUCAGUCGAGUUAGCUAGCAGUACAGCACAGGAGUGUCUGGUUAUACACAUUGUAUGGCUGGGUUUCACAUGAUAGUGAAGUAAAAUUGCACUAGGAGGUAUUAGGCUAUGAGUAGAGUAAAUGUUUAGGAGAGAUUGAGUGUGGAAUCUUCUUUUGAGAUUAAUGGAAGUAGCUGGGAGUACAGUACAAGAAUGCCUGGUUAUACACAUUGUAAGGUUGGCUUUCGCUUGUGAUAAUGAAGUAAAAAUGCACUUCGAGAUAUUUGACUCUGAGUAGAGUAAAUGGGUAGGAGAAAAGAUUGAGUGUGGAAUCUUCUUUUGAGAUUAUUGGAAGUAGCUGGUAGUACAGUACAGGAUUGCCAAGUUAUACACUUUGUGUAGUUGGGUUUCACAUGUUAGUGAAGUAAAAAUGCACUUAGAGAUAUUUGACUCUGAGUAGAGUAUUUGUUUAGAAGAGAUUGAGUGUGGAAUCUUCUUUUGAGAUUAAUGGAGGGAGUUGUUAAUGCAGAAAAGUCUGACUUCACCUUUCCACAAUUCAGAAAUGGUGGGAGAUGAGACCAUGACUAAAGCUGAUGUUUAUGAGAGAAUUCAGAAUAUGUGAAAUCUGCUUUUGAGGUCUGUACAUGAAUAUGUUGACUAGUCAAUCCUCAUCUUUGCAAAUUUUGGUAAUGCAUUUAAAUUCUGUAUUUGAAUGAUUAAGAGAGCUGUAACUAAAAAAAACUAAUUUAGCAUCUAGAAGUUACCAGAGGCAGUUACAGAACAAUGAACAGUAAGAAGUACAAAACUUUACAUGAAACUGUACUAUAACACUUUUAAUUAAUGCCUCCUUUUUAUUCAUGUGGGACUUUUUUGCUGUAAAUGUGAAUUAUUUCUUAUUGGUAUCCAUAUUGUUAUUAUGAGUAUUAUUGAUGUUGAUCAACAAUUUGCUAUGUGAAAAAUUAAAAAGUAUUGCAAAAUUA